AUGUUUGAGAGCUCAAAUACGGAUGCUGCCGCAGUACCUGUCAUCAUAAUGCAUGGAAUAUUUGGCUCGAAACAAAACUGGCGGAGUAUCUGUAGAUCCCUGACUAAUAAAACUAAGCGACGCAUCUAUGCGGUGGAUGCGCGGAAUCAUGGCGAUAGUCCUCAUACCGCAAUUCACAGUUCGGAGGGCAUGUCCGCCGAUGUGCUGGCUUAUAUGAAGUCCAUUUACUCGCAGAAGGCUUGCCUGAUUGGUCACAGCAUGGGUGGCCGAACCAUGAUGUAUUUCGCCUUGACUAAUCCGCAACUAACGGAGCGCCUGAUAGCCGUGGAUAUAUCUCCUAUUUCUAUUCCCCGCACAUUCGCUGGCAUGAAUAAAGUGUUUACUGCAAUGCUGAAAAUCUCCGUGCCGCCCAACUUAAGCCUGGGCGAGGGUCGCAAACUGGUCAUGAAUCAAAUGAAAGAGGCCACAGCUUAUCCGGAUAUGGUUGACUUCAUAAUGCCAAAUCUUCGGAAGAAACCCGACACAGGCGAGUUUUACUGGGCCUGCAAUGUCCAUGCUUUGCGCGAUAGUUUACCCAACUUUGAAAAAUUCAAAUCUUUAAUAUCGACUCUGCCACCAUAUAGUGGGCCCACUAUUUUCAUUUGUGGCAAGAAUUCCGUGUUCGUCUCUGACGACCAUUGGCCGCAGAUACUCAAGCACUUUCCCAAUGCAGAGAUUCAAUGGCUCGAUGCUGGCCACAUGGUGCACUUUGAGCAGACGGAACUUUUCGUCAGAGCUGUGGCCGACUUUCUGAAUAAAUAA